CCCACCCGAUUUCCCCAAGUCCUGGCUGGCGUUGGCACUAUGGAUUGGUUAGUCCCUUACCAAUGGUUCCCUCCCUCGUGGUCAUCGAUUUGGCACCUGCAUGACCACCACAUUGAUGAUUGUUUAUGGAUAUCACUACCUUUGCCGUGCUGUAUGGCAUCAAUUGUUCUUGUCCUAGAUGCAAGGUUCAGUCGUGCCAUCGAUGUGGUCGAACAGAUCGCCAUCUGUGUAUAAUGAAUUAAAAAAAGCAGAGUAAAACAUCAUCCGACGUCGGUCCAAAUGCCGAGCUUUGCGCCUACAGUAUGCGACAUUUUCGUCCCGUCCCACACCGACCUACAGUAUGCACAGCGUUUGUCAUAAUGUUGCAGCGCCGAAACCUCGCGCACAGGUCCCGCCGGGCGAGACAGAUUUGGCUUCGGUGUCCACAGUGGCGGGGAAACCAGCCUCACUUCGGCAUCAUGAACA